AUGACAUACUUUGUUUUCUCCUGUGUUAUCUCUCUCUGUCAGGUGGUAGCUGCUUUUGCUGUUUCUUCUGUGGCAUCUCAAUGGGACAGAACUGGAAAGCUAUUUAAUCCUUUGCUAGGAGAGACUUAUGAACUCACACGGUACUGUUUGGCAUUUUCAAAAGAGUAAUCAUACUGUACCGCUUAUCUUUUUCUGGAAACCUUUUGUUGAUUUUCAGAGGAUAGAUUUGACUUAUUUAAACUAUUUGGAUAAUCUAUUUAUUGUUGAGGUGUCGGAUUAUGCACUGUUUAAAGUUUGCUUCUUGUCUGUCUUAGUGAGGACAAAGGGUACAGGUUGAUCUCAGAACAAGUGAGCCACCAUCCACCUAUCAGUACCUUCAAUGCCCAGUCUCUGAAGCAGGAGUUUGAGUUCCACGGCUCCCUCUACCCCAAACUCAAGUUCUGGGGCAAGAGCGUGGAGGCAGAGCCUAAAGAAACCAUGACAAUGGAGCUGCUCAAGUGAGUGAGUGAGUGUGUGUAAGAAAGUGUAUGUAGUAUGUAUGUUGACAUAUGUGUGUACUAAACACAUAUACAGACUCUCUUUCUCACAUCAACAGCUAGUGGCUUGUUAACGACUUGUUUUGUUGCAGACAUAAAGAGGCGUAUACAUGGACAAACCCUCUCUGCUGUGUACAUAACAUCAUCAUGGGCAAACUGAAUUGAGCAAUAUGGAACUGUGGAAAUAGUCAACCACAAGUAAGACAGCAAAGACCAAACCUUUAUUCUUUGUUCACAACAAACGCUUAUUAUUAUUUGAUUGAAUUUACUAUGUUAAAUGUUCUCCCUCCUGCCUCUUCUGAUUGGUCAGCACAGGGGACAAGUGUGUGUUGAACUUCAAGCCGUGCGGCAUGUUUGGGAAGGAGCUGCACAAAGUGGAGGCCCACAUUCAGACUGAG